AUCUAUCGUCAUCCUUAUCCUUGAAGCUUUUCAUAUCCUUGUGCCCUCCAUGGCUGUUCCUCUCUCUAUCUCAUCAAACUCUCUCCUCUCCCGCCAAUGUCACCGUCUCUCCUUCCCUUCCUCUUCAUUCAAGGGCAAUGUAAGCGUCUUAGGAGCAAACCCAUCUCAGAUCCUCUCCCUAAAACUCCACUACAAUCGUAGAAUUGGAAAGCAACAGAAAAUCGCGAGACCUCUCGUUGUCCUGAACCAAACCGCAGCUGCUACCUCUUCUUCGCCGGGAGCAGUAAGUUCAGAGAGAUUCCGGCUCGAUAACCUCGGACCCCAGCCUGGUUCGAGAAAGAGGGCGAAGAGAAAGGGUAGAGGUAUCUCCGCGGGACAAGGAGCGAGCUGUGGGUUCGGGAUGAGAGGGCAGAAGUCACGGUCUGGUCCUGGCAUCAUGAGAGGUUUCGAAGGAGGACAAACCGCUCUUUAUCGCCGUCUUCCCAAACUUAGAGGAAUCGCCGGAGGUAUGCGUGCAGGAUUACCUAAGUACGUACCAGUGAAUCUCAAAGACAUUGAAACAGCUGGGUUUGAAGAUGGAGAUGAAGUGUCACUAGAGACACUGAAGCAAAAGGGUUUGAUCAAUCCUUCAGGGAGGGAAAGGAAACUCCCUCUUAAGAUUCUAGGUACUGGGGAACUUAACGUCAAGCUCAAUUUCAAAGCUCGUGCGUUCUCAACAUCAGCAAAGGAGAAGCUUGAAGCUUCAGGUUGUACACUCACUGUGUUGCCCGGAAGAAAGAAAUGGGUGAAGCCAUCUGUUGCUAAGAACCAAGCACGAGCAGAUGAAUACUUUGCUAAGAAGAGAGCUGCUGCAGCUGAAGCAGCUGCUUCAGAACCUGCAGCGUCUGCUUAAACUUCUUCAUUUUCAAGCUCUUCAAUGUUGUAAAGCUACAGAGAUAAUUUAGCUUUGUCUAUGAGAAGCGUUCCUUAAUCUACAUUUCCUUUUUUCUCUUAUGUAUGUUGACAGUUUGUUGUUUACAUUAUUUUUCAAUCUCCAACAAAAUGUUAAGAAUAGGUUACUAUUUCA